AAUUUGGUGCUAAAUACACCUCCUAUCGUUUAAACAAACAAGGAAGUAAUUACUUACUUAGAGAGACUAAUCGGGCUUAUCAGGAAGAACUUACUAGCCAAACCAUAGAUAGUGAUAAGCCCGGGAGGAGUUGGACAGUUUAUAAAAAUGUUCCUACUUGGGAGGAGCAGGUGAAAAAAAGGGUGCAUGAAGUGGCUCAGAAACAGUAUAUCGAAGCCCAUGGAACUGAAUUAGAAAAACAAAUUUGA